AUGGCUAUCACUGGGUAUUUCCUUAAUAAACAGUGGGAAUAUAGGCAGAUCCUACUCGGUUUCGAACCCCUCGAGGGUACACAUACUGGGGAGAACCUUGCUUUAGCCCUAUAUACUAUUAUUAACAGACAUAAGAUUAAAGAUCAGAUUCUGGCUAUCACCACUAAUAAUACGUCAAACAAUAAGACAAUAUUUAAUAAGGUCCAACGGAUCUAUCCAGACAUCUCUAUUAUUUAUAUUCCGUGUAUGGCGUAUAUAAUUCAGCUUAGCCUUAAUAAGCUCCUAUAUCGGAUCAAAGCAAAGCCAAAGAACGACACAUGUGGACCGAUAAGCUACAGAAGGCUUCUACCUAGCGAGGACAGAAAGGGGAUAUUACAAACACCCUCGAUAGGGUACGCCGGCUUACAAUAUAUAUUAACGGAAGCCCACAAAGGCGUGCGGAAUUCCUUAGGCUUCAAUCGAUGGAACCUACCAUACUUUAAUAGGUACUGCCAUAUUGAGUGCCUAGAUAACCUAAAGCUUAAUUCCGAGGAAUGGCGACAGGUUAACUAUCUUCUUUACCUCAUAAGACCAUUCUUCCUAUAUAUAAGCACAUUCUCAAAGAUAAAAGACGUGACUAUCCAUCAGGUGUUUAAGCUUUACAAUAAGCUAUUUAAACACCUCGAGGCGUUAAUUAGUCAGCUUAAAAAGAAGAAGAUGCUUGUCGCUCUUAAAGCAGGCCUACAGAAGCUCCGUGAGUACUACCCUAAGGCUAGUAAUAUAUAUACGUAUAGCACUAUCCUCGCACUAAAGGAUAAGUUACAGUACUUCAAACGCAAGGAAUGGUCUGGUGGGCCAGAGGGCUCUACUCAGAUAUGGGCCGAACACUAUCACAGCACCCUUUAA